UGAAGCGGUCAACUAUGACAAGCUGAAUGAGAAGAGCAAGCCACACAUCUAACAGUGCAGUGUGUGUUAGCCCUGCUGGUAUGAGCCCAGAUAUCUUUACUCUGUUACUUAGCUUGAAGGAAACCUACCUUAGGUUGUGUGUAAAUAGCUGAUCAAGUCUUGAUGCUUCGGCUUUAGUGGCCACUCACUUUACCCUGUACUCAGAGGUUGUCAGUGACAUAGUGCAGAGUGUUGUAUAACCUGCUUUCUUCCAUUUCUCCACACAUUUAGAUGCUUUACCUUGAAUGGCAUAACUACAAAAAUAAAACAGAUAGUUCACACAGAAAUUAAACAAUACUUUUCUUUCUCUGUGAUUCUGGGGUUACUUCACCUGAGAUGUCAGAAGAAAGACACAAGAAGAACCUAAAAUGAAUGAUUUAGCAUUUUAAGAUGUCUGUGCAUUACCUCACUUGUGCUCAGAUUUACACACAAAGAUUACCUCUCAUGCCAGCCAACUUGGUUUGAAGCUUAGCAUAAAGAUGAGGAUAAAAUCUCUGAAGAUUAAGACAAUUAUUCCCAAAUGUAUAGAAGAAAAAAAGCUAUCUAGAGCAUUUACUCUUACGCAGACUUGUUGCUUGGCACUGUUAUAACUCUAUGCUGAGCUAAAUGAAUACCCCGAUAUAUCUGGCUUCAUUUAAAAAGAAUGAAGCCUUUCAGUGGGAUUUAUCACAUUUUCUAAAAUGUUUAGAUAUGUUCCCCGGAAAUGAAAGCAAACCGAUUCCAAACUAAUCUCCUCUUUGAAAUACAAGAGUGUACAGCAUCUUCUACACUUAGCAGCACCUCUGAUAAAGAUGUGUAGAAAUGUUCACUGUUAUGUUAUUGUAGCUGUGAAAUCUCACUGAAAUUUUAAGAAAAUUUGCCAGUAUGUCAGCAAAUAUACUUAUAUUUUUUCCUUUUAAUCCAUGACUUAAAGUUUCCUUGAGCUUUGACAAUCUUCAAAAUGGUGAACACAAGAGAACAUCGUAUGUAAGCUCUUGCCUGCAGUCGGAAAAAUAGUUGUAACUUUUAAAACUGGAAUGGUGUAAAGGACCCAAACCAGUCUUGCCAGUAUGUCAUGGUAGGAGUAAGGAGCGUGGUAAGGGAGAUAGUUUGGAAACUCAUUUCAAGGCUUCCUACACAUCUUUAGCAGCAUUACCAAUAAUUGUUGUGAGAGCUGUACACUGAGGAUUUGAAAGUUAUUUUGAUUUGAUGUGGCGUUUGUUGUGGUAGUUGAAUUUAACGCUUGUUCUGAUUUCCAGAGUACCUAUUGUAAAUAUUCUUCUUCUCUUGCUCAACCUUUUUGCAUCUAUCUAUUCCUCCCUACUGUACAUUUCUAAACCUGUAAAUAUAAAGAGUGACUGAGUUGAUAAACCUUUUUUUUUUUUCUUCAAACUUUUAUUUCUAAAAAUGUCUCAAGUGAUUGUUUUAUUUCCCGUCUUCACUGUGAUCAAGGCCUUUGGAUAAGCUUUAACCUUGAAUUUUUUUUUCCCCUGCAAUGUUUGGCAUAACUUCCUUGCCCUCUCCUUUUGAAAUCACUGCUCUGAAUAAGUGUUGGGAUAAUUUAGCGUUUUCUUUCACAGACAUAACAUGUGUUCUGUUCAAGUUUCAUUUAUGAACACUGAAUCGCAGAAAGAGAUGGGGACAGUAGUUUUACUUGAAUAAAAUCAAGAGUUUAAUUUGAAGAGGGGGUUAUUUGUAAUUGGUUGCAACCUAUUCCUUGAAUUAAAUCAUUUUAUCCGUUGGGCUGUAUUUCCUCCCACUCUUCAGGAAGCACUGCUUUGUAUAAACUCCAUACAGAUGCAUGCAACGUUUUGGGCAACCCAGGAAAAUAUAUUUAAGAAUAUUUUAAAAUGAAUGCAUCUUUUUGUAGCCUAAUCCUAUGCUGUCAAUUUAACAACAUCAAAAAAAUCUAAAUUUAAUUUGAGUACAUUUAUUCAAUGUAACAUUUUUGACACUUUCACAAGAGAAUAUCAAUAUUUUCUAAUGGGACAAGGAUUUGUAUUAACAUUUUAAAAACAAUGGAGCUUAUGGAGAGAGGGAUCUUACCCAUUCCUCUAUCCUGCAUGCUUUAGUGUUUUCCCAGGUUCAACACACCAGAAUCAAAUGUUCAUUAUCAGGCCUCAGCAGAACUUUGUGGAGAUAGUUGUGUCGGAGCAGAGACUCGUUUAAAACUGUCAGGACACCCACGAUCCACCAUCAUCUGAUCUAAACACCUGGUUCUGUUAAAGUCCUGGUAGUUCAGAUAAAUCCAUGUUUGGCUAUGACUGAAAAAGCCAUCUCUAAUGAUUGCUAUGGUUAUUUGGACCCCAAAAUGCCAGUUCCCUUACAGUGAGCUUUGGGAUUAUUUGUCUUUUAUUUCUGGUACCAUCCGGCAUGCCGUUCAAGACAAAUAUGGGUCCCAGGUCCAGCUGCUAAAACAAAUGAACCCCCUUAUUUAUGCCCCAAAAUACAGAAACUUGUGGUUUGGAAUUAAUUUACACUGUGAUUUAGUAAAAAGUGUAUGGAACAAAUAGUUAGAUUUAGUUAAAAAUAGUUAUUGGGUAUACUAGCAUUUUGGCAAAAGUGAGUUUGUCCAUUAAAAGACUAACUGUUUAAACAUCUCAAAGUAUAACUUUAAAAAAAAUAAAGGCAGUUAUUCUUAACGUUUCAGUAUAAGAUUAUGCUACACCAGUAAAAGCUGAAUUUAUUUUAAAGCUUUUUGCCCUUUCAUUUUCUGCAACUCUCCAGGAUAUACAUUUGCAAGUUUUCUGGUUAUCAGUUUAAAAGGGGAGUUGGGGAUGGGAAGGAAGAAAUAUUUGAAACAAUCCGCAUCUAAACAUUUUCAUUUCAUUUUCCUGCUUCAAGCUCCUGUGCUUUUUUUCCCCAGAGCAUUUCUGCACCUCUCAGCUCAACUUAGAAUGCUAGGGAGUCAGGGGGGCAGCAAUUGUUUCCAAGAUGUGAUCAUUCUUUCGCCCACCUGAAAGGUGCAGAUUGUUUUCCUCCAAGCCCCAUAACUCCUUUGUCCAAUCUGUUUUUUUUUGCUCUUUUUGCAGAUUAAGUUCAAGUAAUGCUCCACGUUCUGCAUGACGUUGGUGACGAUCACGUUUUAAAAUGUAUCUGUUAUCACAGUUUUCACGAUGCCUGUCUUGUCACCUCUGCAGUCAACGCUAGCAAUGAAGUUAGUUUGCAGUGAUUACACGCAAAGUUAUUAGCGAGCUUAAUUCUUAAACAUCUGCAAACACCAAACAUGUUGAACUUUUUCUUUUUUGUGUUUGUAAAUGUAUUUUUCUUUCACAACAAAAAAAUAUUGAUUUGAAAAGUUGAGUUUGAAAAUGACUGAAGAUGUACCGAAGCUGAUGGUCUGUAUAUAUUUGACACGUUUCACUGCUGUUCUCAUCAAUGAUGCUAUAUCACUGGUUUUUGAGUGUCCAGUCCUUUCUCUUGUGAUGAACAUGCACACAUUCUGCAGCGGCUAUUAACGAGAAUACAAGUCUAUCUCUCCAGGAAAACAGGCACUUUUUUAUAGAAGAUUGUAGUCUUAAGUUCUAGCAGAUCGUUUGAAGUCCAGUUAUAAUGGUUUCACUUAAUAUGUCGGCACAUUUUGCUGCCCUAUUGCAACAGCUGUUUUAUUUUCAUAUGCUCCUAUUACUUUUGUCUCAUCUGCCAUGCAGAUUCCUCUUUAAAAACAUAAAUUUAAUGAUGUCCAAAACUAUUUUUACCUUUAGUUGCCCCAAAGUUUGCCGCUUAAAAUCGCAAACCCUGCAUUACCUAUUGCAAUGUUUUAUGGCCCAGUAUUUUACGCAUUUGCAAAACACCAUCAACCUAAUGUUAAGCAGUAAAGAACUUUUUCAUCUCCAAAUCUAUUGUUGGCAAUUAUCUAAACGUGUCAUAUUUUAAUGACAUUUUUUGGCAUUUGUGAGCAUUGUUUUGAAUUUCCAGCUGGAAGCUCAUGAAGAUGCUGAGCACAUACAGUACCCCUAUUGAGUUAGAUUGUAGUAAAUGACUUAGUAUGUCUGUGGAUUAAAGAUGGGAAUUGUCAGACACCAAAAUAAUGCCAAAUAUAUGGAAUGCUGAAAGAUGUGAUCGACUCUGCUCUUAUAAUGCCCUAGCGCCCUCAUGUGGCAGAUUGGUGGUACUCCAUCUUGAAGCCUCAUCUUGAUGAGUAAGAUUUUAAUGGGAUUAAUCAAAAUUUGAAAUUCAAAGUACAGUAUCUACAAUUAUUGAAACUAGUUUUUCAAUUUGGAAGUGCGUUGUAUUUCAGUGCGUCUGUAAACAAGAUCGCUGCUCGCACAUUCUCGAAAUCAAACAUUAAAUGUGAUAUUUUUUUGGAACUGCAGGAUUAAAAUGUGUUGCGAAUGUCUGAUUACUGAAGGAAUGCUUACGUUGAGGGGAAAAUGUUUGGGAAAUCAACCUGGCUGUUAACUAGAUGAAUAAAUGUAUUUAAAACCAGAGAAGGCACAAAAACUGCCCCUUUUCACCUUGCUUAUCGCCCGUAUGCAGCAGAAUGCCCACUGUGAAAUUUUAAAGAGUUUCUGACUUAAAUUAAUUACUAAUAACUUCAAUUUGAACUUCUAAUUAUUCGGUUUCCAGUGUAUCGCGCCCUGCAUCCUUCCUUCCUUUUUUCUCUGUGUGGCGCAUCUCUUAAGUGUAAGCGCGCUCUGGCUUCUAGCCGCGAACGCGCACGCUGCUUCCGAAUCUGCGUCACCGAGUCUGACCUCAACGAACGUCACCGCUGCUUCUGCCGACUUUCGUGUUUCCUGUGUUAUGGCCGCUUGCAUAUAGGGAGACAGAGAAAUGAGGCAUGUUUGUAAAUAAACUCUUGCGCAGGUGCGUUCAGGAUGGCGGUGACGCAGCUGCUUAAGCUGCUCGUGAGUAGGUCGACACUCCACGCAGGAAGGAGGUACAGCAAGCUCCAGUUGUCUCCAGCCCUGUCAGAGCGCCUGCGAGUCUUUGAGUCUCUCAGGGAACAAAGAGACAAGAACAGGAGACGUGAAGUUAGAGAAAGCCCUCUCUCCGUCCGCCUAUCUGAUGGACAGGCGGUGAAGGGAACAGCUGGAGUAACCACACCGCAAUAUGUUGCGCAGAGUCUGAGGGUGAAAGGAGCCCUGGUGUGUAAAGUGAAUGGGGAGCUGUGGGAGCUUGAACGACCUCUAGAGGGAGACUGUGAACUGCAGCUUCUGGGGUUUGACUCUGCUGAAGGGAGACAGGCAGCAUGGAGGACAGGAGCGUCUGUCCUUGGCGGUGUGUUGGAAGGGGUGUUUGGUGCAGAGGUGUGCAGGGAAGGAGCGUCAGAGUUCGGACUUUUUUGCGACUAUGUUCCAAGCAGCAGUUCCUUGUUGCUGAGUGACGUGGAGGCUAAAUGUAAGGAGGCUGCAGCCCUCAAACUUCCUUUAGUCAGACUGGACCUGAACACAGCAGAGCUUCAUGAACUGUUUCAGGACAGUAAACUACGGAUGCAGCUUGUUGAGGAGCAGAUUAACGGCCCCACCAUCACAGUCUACAGAUGUGGGGACAGGUUAGCGGUGUGUGACGGGCCUCUCCUCCCACACACAGGUUUCCUCAAGGUCUUUAAGAUGCUGCAGCUGUCCUCCGUCACGCUGUGCAACCAGACGGAGUCCAGCGGCUUAACGCGUCUGAUAGGUGUGGCGUUUCCAGGAGAGAAGGACAGGAAGGAGUGGGAGAGGGAGCAGGAAGAGGCACGGAGGAGAGACCACCGGCGGAUAGGAACAGACCAGGAGUUGUUCUUCUUCAACGACGUGAGCCCAGGCAGCUGCUUCUUUCUGCCUAAAGGAGCCCACAUCUACAACUCCCUCACUGACUUUAUUAAGAGCGAGUACCGAAGGCGAGGCUUCACCGAGGUCGUGACCCCGACCCUUUACAGCACUGCUUUAUGGGAGCGCUCGGGCCACUGGGAGCACUACAGCGAGAACAUGUUCACCGUGACCUCGGAGGGCGCUCAGACCUUCGCUCUGAAGCCCAUGAACUGCCCUGCACACUGUCUCAUGUUUGAGCAUCGGGUUCGCUCGUGGCGGGAGCUUCCUCUGCGCUGGGCCGACUUUGGCGCUCUGCAUCGUAAUGAGCUGUCUGGAGCUCUGGGAGGGCUGACUCGCGUCCGGAGGUUCUGCCAGGACGACGCACACAUUUUUUGCACGCCGGAGCAGCUGGAACAGGAGAUUGUGGCUUGUUUGGACUUUGUCCGGCGCGUCUAUCAAGUGUUUGGGUUUUCCUUCCACUGCUUGCUGUCCACACGUCCCACUCCGUGCCUGGGGGAGCCUGAACAGUGGAACCACGCCGAACAGCAGCUGGAGAAGAGCCUGCAGCAGUUUGCCGAACGUUGGGAGCUAAACCCCGGAGACGGAGCUUUCUACGGCCCAAAGAUCGACAUCCAGAUUAAAGAUGCAAUUGGCCGACAACACCAGUGUGCCACAAUCCAGCUCGACUUCCAGCUGCCCAUCAGAUUCAACCUUCAGUACGUCGGACGAGACGGACAGCUGCACAGACCAGUGAUGAUCCACAGGGCUGUACUGGGGUCACUGGAGAGAAUGAUUGCGAUACUGGCUGAAAACUUUGGAGGCAAAUGGCCGCUGUGGUUGUCUCCGUCUCAGAUCAUGGUGAUUCCUGUAGGGGGCAACAGUGAGUCAUACGCUAGACAGGUGGUCGCGACGUUCCACGAAGCUGGCUUCCUGGUGGAUUUCAACAACGAUCAAGGAGCAACCUUAAAUAAGAAGAUUCGCUCCGCUCAGCUGGCCCAGUACAACUACAUAUUUGUGGUGGGCGAUAAGGAGCGUGAGAGUGGAGCAGUGAACGUGAGGAGCAGAGGGGGUAAACAGUUGGGCAGCAGACAAACAGAGGAGGUCCUCAGGUCCCUCAUACGUCUACGAGACACCAGGAGCAACCAAGACGAGCUUUAACAGCGCCUCGUUUCCUGGGUUAAAUCAUGGCUUCAUUCUCCAAUUUGUUACUUCAUUCUUUUUUUUUUCUUUUUUUUAUGAAUGUGAACGCUAUCAGUUCUAAUAAAAGUGUAUUAACAUUG